GUUCACAGCACGUAGCCGGUUUGUGUAAAUCAACCGAAUCAGGUGACUCGCUCAGUCGUUAUAUCGUCGUUAAAUAUGGUUUCGGAUGCACGGUGUUUUUUCUGUAAAAUGUUCCGUCAUCGUGUUUUUCGUAUGGUUUUUUGAUCGAGUGUGAUUUUUUUUAAUGCUGUUAUAUUUAUUAAUCGGUUUGUUUAUUAAUUAUGGCUUCGAUGGACGUGUUUUUUGUUAUCUUCAUAUGGACGACGGUCAUCCCUUACAGUUUGGCCCAAUGUUACUUACCGGAUUAUUUACAAGGAGAUUUCUCCAUGCAGUCUCCUAAAAGUGUACCUGGCCAAGUCAAAUACGAACCUGUGAGUAUAACGGCCGAGGGUGUAUCGUUGUGGGGAUACUGUAAACAAAAAAUCGGAAAUGGACUUUACCUCAUUGAAAGCUCGAAUGGUACCUACAGUACGUACUGCCUUCGAUGUUUCCAUAUUAGCGUCAAGUCUCAGAAUAUCGUCUUGAUUAGACUGGCCGGCCACACCGAUCGGUGCUUCGUCAGUUCCCAAGCUGCAGAGUCAUCUUGCCCUAAACCCGAUCAACUGGAGCCAGCUAGACAAAUUAUUUUGUUUAAAAAUAAAGAAGAAAUCCGAAAAGAAUACUGCCCGAUAAAUGGCCAAUACACGAUACACUACAGACAAAAUAAACCAGAUUAUCCGAUAGAAUGCAGCAGUCGUUCAUCCCAGCUCGAUAACUGUCCUGUAGGAUCCGAAAUGAAUAUUCGUUUCCGAGAUUGUCAGUUUGAAAAUCAUGAUUUAGUAUUCGAAUGCCUGGGAAGUUGGGAUGGGCCUAAUCAACAAAGGUAUUUAGCUUUGUUUGAUACCAGAACUGGAACAGAUCCUAGGCCGCAAUAUCGUUGUGGACUCUACAGAGAAGAUCCAGGAAGUGGGACCGUUUACAUCGCCUUCUCCAGCGAUUCAACGUGUACUACUGAUUUGCAAAACUCGCAAGCAGGUUUCGAAACUUUAAUUUUGACCAAAAUAAAGCCUCGAUUUCCUUUUCAAUUGGCUGGUAAUCGUGGAUGCAGAUUUCCAAGCUGGACUGAAGGUCGUUGGGAACUAGUCAAUGUGCUAGGGAAAAUUUUCUCUUAUACAGAUUUGACGCUUUUCAAGAAGUAUACUUUCCAGUGUGUAGAAGAAGAAGAUGGCAGGGAUAGGAUUUAUUCUCCUUAUUCGGACGAUGAACGAGUUCUUGUCGUUGGCAGGACUGAAUGUAAUGAAGAAAUGUAUACGUGCAUUUGGUUGAAAAAACGAGGUGAAAAUGUGCUCGAAUUUCAAUUAGCAACUGAAACUAGUCAAUACCCAAAUAACUCAUUAUGUUCGGUGCAGAACUUCCAGUCUAAUGUUUGGAUCACGCAAGGACGAAAAGAUCUCUCGACUUUAUCGCCAUGUCCGAUCCUCGGCGAGUACAUUGGACAGCUUCCAAAUGUGCAGGCGAACUUUUGCGCCAAACUAUCGUCAAAUUGCCUUUCGCAAGAUACCAUGUAUUACACGGUUUCAGACUGUACGCCGCAACAAAUUUACGAAGAACGUGAAUACAGAUGUCUGGGGCAAUGGAAAGAGAACGAUUACACCUACACGUUUACUCAACGUAAAGAUACAGGAACGUACGAGUGUUUCGUUGGUACUAUGAUCUCGGAAUCAGAAAUCUCAGUCAGAGAAGCUGGUAAAAACUGCGAACGUAAUAUGACCCCGUUGAUGCUGGAAAUGAGAUUAACUCGUAAAAGUUCGUGUGCUGAAAACCGUUCCAGUACUGCGGUAUUUACAUCCACGACGCCAACCAGCACUGUGCCAGUUACCACUACUAAAUAUACUGUUAAUAAACGUAUUAUACAGCAUACUACUAGACCGUGGAGACCGUCAAAUGUCACGAGACUUCCACCGCCAUCUAGAAAUAAAAAUGGCAAUACUAGUGAUUCUUCAAAAAUAGUUCCUCUGCAUUUAUCUUUACUUUUUAUUUUACAUGUCUUUAGUCUUAAAUGUUUUUAUAAUGCAUUUACCAGUUUAUAAAGCCUUUUUUGUGUGCUAAUUUUUAUGUAUUGUAUACUUUUUUACUCGUAUUUAUGUACCUAUUUUUAGUAUCGAAAAAUUGUAGAUUUUUGUAUAAAUUUGUAUUCGUCUUCGUGAA